AUGCAUUCGCUUUUUAACAUAGCUCUCUUGACCCUGGCCAUCACCAGCGAGGCUCUUGCCAGGCCAAAAUCAGCCCAAGGUCUCGAUAGCGCCAUCAAAGCCAAAGGAAAGCAGCAUGUCGGCACAGCCCUCACCCUCGGAAGCGACUCCCGCACGGAGGACAUCAUCAAAGGUCCAUCGGAGUUUGGUGCCAUCACUCCCGAGAAUGCCAUGAAGUGGGAGUCUGUCCAGCCAAGGCGUGGCGAGUUCACUUUUGGCUCUGCUGACCAGCACGCCAAUUUCGCCGUCAACAACAACAAGGAGCUUCGCUGCCACACUCUUGUCUGGCAUAGUCAGCUUGCUCCUUGGGUUGAGGCUGGUAACUUUGACAACCAGACUUUGGUCAAGAUCAUGGAGGAUCACAUCAACACGGUUGCUGGCAGGUACAAGGGAAAGUGUACUCAUUGGGACGUUGUCAACGAAGCUCUCAAUGAGGACGGCAGCUACCGCCAGACCGUCUGGUACAAGACCAUUGGAGAAGCUUACAUCCCGAUGGCCUUCCGCCUCGCUGCCAAGGCAGAUCCGAAUGCAAAGCUGUGGUACAACGACUACAACCUUGAGUAUAACAAUGCCAAGACAGCCGGAGCAGCGCGCAUCGUCAAGCUCGUUCAAUCCUACGGCGUCAAGAUUAACGGUGUUGGUCUGCAGGGACAUCUCGUUGUGGAACCCACGCCAACUCAGUCAACCAUUACUCCCUCACGCGAGACCCUCGAAGGAGCCUUGAGGAAAUUCACCGAUCUUGGAGUUUUUGUUGAGUACACUGAGAUUGACAUCCGCAUGAAGACACCUGCGACUAAGGAAAAGCUUGAGGAGCAGUCCAAAGCCUACCGGCGAGUCGUGGAGUCUUGCAUGGCCGUUAAGAAGUGCAUCGGCAUCACGCUUUGGGGAGUUUCGGACAAGUAUUCGUGGAUUCCUAGCACCUUCCAGGGUGAGGGCGCUGCUUUGGUGUGGGAUGAGGAGUUCCAGAAGAAGCCGGCCUACUCGGGUAUUUUGAACGCGAUCAAAGCAGCAAAGUCUAAGUGGUGGUAUUGA